AUGUGGCCGACCGAAGACGAAUUGCCACCGAUCGAUGCGAUCAUUGAAUCGAUGAAUCCGAAAUUCAAUCUGCCGUAUCCGAUGAAGAGCGCAAUAAACCAUGGAUUUCCGAGAAAUGUUGGCGACGCUUGGGUUGGAGCGUACACAAAAAACGGAUAUUGGUUUCGACUCUAUUGGGGUGGAAAAGAUGAAUGGGAUGAGAUAGUUGAAGAAAUGUGGUAUCGCAACGAAUUUAUGCUCGAUUCCAAUUCGUUUCGAAUGUUCGAAUCGCAAUCGGGACCACUUCAAUUAUUAGUGGCUAAAAAUAUUCGCUCCGAAGUGAUUGGAGCGGCAUUAUUGUGCAAAAAUGGGAAAAUAACACACAUCGGAGCGCAUUUCGUCAUGGAGGAAUUUCGGCAUGUCGGAAUCGGCGGCAAAAUGCUCGCUGAAAUCAUGCGCCAAUUCCCGGAAGUCUCGAUAAACGCUCCGUUUUAUCUCCUUCCGAGUGCUCUGAAAUUGGGCAUGUCACCAAAAAUGGCGCGAGAAAUAUUGAAAAUUCGCGUCGAAAAUUCGUCAGGAUUUCCGGAGUUGAUCGAGACCCUACCUGGCGUAAUAGUAAAAAAUUCGUCAGAAUUGGACCAAAUCGAUUUUGGCAAAGUGAGCGACUUCUCAAAAUCGGUGACGAGCCUUGAUGUCAAUUGGAACAUUUCGUAUUCGAAUUUGUCGACGAAAUUGAUCUGCGCAUUCAGAGAGGGGGAUUGCGUUGGAAUCGCCAUGCAGCGCAAUAUUUUAAAUGAAAAAGAUACGCUGCCGGAUCUCAUGAUUAGCCCAUUGUAUGCGGAAGAUUGUCAGAUUGCCGAAGUGCUCCUUCGAAAUUGCUUGAAAGAUUUUUAUAAUCCUGAAGAAGAUUUUGAAUUUGACGAGGAUCCACUCGCUAUAUAUCGAAGAUCGGUGGACUUUUACAUUCUAAAAGAAAAUAUGGAAUUUUCCGAGAGGCUUCUGAAGAAGUUGGCCGGAAAUGAUGGGAAAUAUAGCGCGAGACGCGUUUACUAUCAGACCUGCUCGAAUGCUCUCCUACCGUCGAUAUCUCAUCACCGCAUAUUUGCUCUCGGCGACCCCCACGCGUUUCUCGUUUGA